AUGGGCUCCCUCGCAGCACAGGCGGGCCUGCUCGUCUGCGCGCUGGCGGCGUUGAGCAGCGCCGCGGCCCCUUCCGGAGCGGACGUCGGCGUGCUCGGCCAGAAGCCCCUUGAGCCGAUACUGUUCCAGGAGAUCGACAACACUUCGCCGAGGCGGCCCCGAGGGCUGGACGUCUGGCUUCCCACCAACGCGCCCAACGCGACGGAGUACCGCGCCUACUCCUCCAAGGGGUUUGCCGGCGGCCGCGGCAUCUCCAUCAUCACGACGCGGCAGCGCAUCGCCAGCUUUGCACAUGUCUCGCGCUCGCCCGACACGAACACCCACUCUUCCGGGCUGUUUGAGAAGAGGGAGGUUCCGGGAAAGGGCCGCGGCCUCUUCGCCACCAAGUGGAUCCGACGCGGCGACAGGCUGUUUACGGAGACGCCCAUCCUGCUGAUCGAUGACUCGGUGUACGUUAAGGGAGUGUCCAUGGUCGAAGCUCUGGAGGACGAAGCUAUCGGCAAGCUGCCGCCCGAUGCGCAAGAAGCCUUUUGGUCGCUGCAUGCCAAGCCUAGCGUCGCCCACGCCGCCACGGCUCGGAUCGACCCCAAUGCUUUCGAGAUUCCCCUGGGCCAGGCCAACUAUUAUGGUGUCUUCCCCGACAUUUCCCUCAUCAAUCACGAAUGCCGACCCAACACGGCGUACGAAUUUGACGCCAAAACCCUCACCCACAGCGUCUACGCAAUCAUGGACAUCCCCCCCGGAGCCGAGCUGAGCCUCACCUACAUCGACGUGACCAGGACCCGCGAGGAGCGCAUGGAGAGGCUCCGGCACGGCUGGGGCUUCAACUGCACCUGCAGCAGCUGCAGCUUGCAGGCCGAGCUGUCGGACGCGUCGGACAAGCGCCUCGUCCAGAUCGACGACUUGGAGUCGCGGCUCGGGAACGGCGGCUGGGAGUUUGCGUCGCUGGAAAUGGCCGAGGCGCUCAUCAGCCUGUACCAGCAGGAGCAGCUGGAUAUUUGGCUUUCAAGCGCCUACGGCUAUGCCGCGCUGAUGCACUGCGCCGAGGGCAACUACUGGAAGACGAUCCGGUAUGCGCAUCUGGCGGUGGAGAGCCAUCUGCUCAACGCUUCGCCAUCGGAUAUACCGCUUGCGAACAUGCGCAAGAUAGCAAAGGACCCGACCAAGGAGUCUUGCUGGUUGAUCAGGGUUCGGGGGGGGACGGGAACAGACGACGAGGUGCAAAGUAGAUGA